AUGCAAUAUCUAGAUAGAAUUGACCUCCAGGAGAAAAGGCGCGAGAAAACCGCGGAACGCGAGGGUGCUGCACAUGAGGCACAACUUAAGGACACGCGUGAACCGGGUAACGACAGGAGGGUGGACGAAGCUAAAGAAGAUGGACGAAAGUCAGAAGUUCGUCCUGAGUCCACGAUACCAAGUCGACCCGACUGCCCGACGCAAACAUCUCUCAUACCCACGUCACCGCACGUGAUGGAUAAUGAGGCUCAUGCCUCAAGCCCUUCUUCCAGUGCAUCACCUCCACCCCAAACGCGUACAUCAGGUGGUGUUGAGACCGAGACACUAUCGCCUUUAUGCCGAAACCUAGAUGCUGAGUUGGAAGCUGUUGAUAGCUCGUGUAGCGAGUAUAUGGUGUCAAACAGUGAGGCUAUCGAGAAUCGCGACCCGGUUGAAGUUGUGGCAGACGAGGAAACCAAUGAGGAUCUUUUAGAUAUGUUUGGUAGGAUAUGA